CACAUUUAACCAUAGCCUGUCUGCAUUUCUCUAUCAGUUAUGGAGUAUACUGGCUUAGGAAAGGUAGUGCUUCAUAAACAGGGCUAACAGGUGCAACCUAACGUUGCCUCCCUGUCCUUAUCUUAUCUUCAGAUGUCUGUAGUUUAGCUCUUUCCUAAAAGUCAACGUGAAAUGGCAUUCACAAACCGUUUAAUUUUGUAAUGUGACAUAUUUCAGAGGGAAACAGGAUAUUAAAUAAGGCAAAAAUGGCUAAUAGGUCAGGACUUGAGUUCGGGGUUAAAAAUUUUGGCCAAUACAAUAAUUAUUUCAAUGUUAUGGCCAAUAACCGAUAUGAUGGUCAAUAUUAUAAAGCUACAGUAUACUGUUUUCCUCUUGUUUUUAAAAAUAAUGUUCGCACUAAAGCUCUAUUAGAGAAUUUUACAUGCAAAUAUGUAAAUCAAGCAACAACAUUUUUUAAUGUACUGUAGAAAAAAAUUGAUAACCUUUUAGCACUUUUGAAACUUGCCUUAGAAAAGGAGUACAUUGUUGGAAGAGGAAAAAUAAGCUUUGAUAUUAUGUGCUUCCUAUAUUUAGGGCCCAAGCACUGAAAGUGCGGAGGUCCUAUUGUUCUUCUAAGGAUUAUUAGGGCCCAAGCACUGAAAGUGUGGAGGUCCUAUUGUUCUUCUAAGGAUUAUUAUUAUUCAAUACUCCUCCUAGGGGAUUCAUGUGACUGGCACCAAAUUUGUAUAAACAUCAUGCCAAGACAUUGUUGAUGCUAAAUAGAUUUGUGAUAUUUUGAACAUUGUCGCCAUGGUGAAGCAAUAAAUUUAUAGUGAAAAAUGGAAAACAGGAAGUGCUUAUAUCUUCUCUGUGUGCAUUGUGUGAUUUUGAUGAAAAUUCAGCUGUAUGCGUGGUAAUGGGGGCUGAUCACAUGGAUGCAGCUUUUGUGGGUCACAGUCAUAACACCAAGUAUGGCACUUUUAACAGACUUUGAAAUAGCCCUCUUAAAUUUAUAUGAAUCGCUUCAAAAUUCAAGACACUACUGAUGUAAAAUUGUCAAGGGAUAUUUGAUAUCUUAAAUACUGUUGCCAUGGUAACACAUUAAUUAGGGGUCAAGCCCUGAAAGGGCGAUAUUAGAUGAACUAUUGUAAUCGUUAGUGUUCUUAUUAUUAUUCUUCUGCCAUGGGAGUCUAUGGCAGCCCAUAGAACCGUUCGCAGGAAAGUUAUGAAAUUUUGCACAGAGCUAGAGGACAGUCUGAACUGAUACCACAGAAAAUUUUGAUGCAUACCUUGGUUUUAAUUUCCCCCGACUAGAUUUUCCGCCAUUUUGAAUUUUAAGGAAACACGUUUUUCGCAACUCCUCCUACAAUUUUUGUCCGAUUUCCACCAAAAUUGUUUUAAAGAAAUUGUGAGAUGGAGCUACAUAAAAGUUCUUUUUUCAAUGUUGGAAAUCAUUCCUGAGAAAUGGCUUCACGAAGUUGACAGCGAGCACACCAAAAUGGACUUUUUUUUUGUGACAAAACUUGGUAUGUGUCAUCGCCAUCAUGCCUUGAGGUCACCUGCAGCGUUUUGCCACACUGCCCCCUACUGGUCAGGAGAUAGAAAAAAAUGCUAUUUUGGCUUAUAACUCUUGAACGCUUCGGCCAAAAAUUAUAAAACUGGUCUCGAUACCCAAUUUUCCCAUGUUGGCCAUUUUGGGCGUCAGCCAUUUUGAAUUUUGUCGCAAAAUGUUGUAUUUUAUGAAUGCAUUGGCGUAUCAUUAUGCCAUGCCCUGAAGGUGCCUGAGAAGUUUGGGUCCGGCACCACGCAGUGGUGGAAAAAUGAAUUUUUUUAACUUUGUGAGCUUAUAACUUUUAGUGGCACCCCCUUUAAAAUGGCCAUGUAAGCCGGCCUCAGUAGCACCCCCAUUUUCACAUACAGUCACCAAAAUUGGUACAUAUAUAGUUUUCAUCAAGCUGGACAACUUUCAUAAUUAUAGUUAUUAGCUCCGCCAAACAGGAAGUCAGCCAUUUUGGAUUUUUUGAAUAUUGCAGUCUCUGAACUUUUAAGUACUCCUCCUAGGGGAUUCAUGAGACUGUCACCACAUUUAGACAAUAUUAUGCCAAGACAUUGAAGAUGCUAAAUUGUGAACAGAUUUUUGAUAUAUCGAACGGUGUUGCCAUGGUGAGGCAUUAAAUUAAUGGUGAAAAAUGGGAAACAGGAAGUAUAUCAUAUCAUCUGUGUGCAAUGUGUGAUUUAGAUUAAAAUUGAGAUGUAUGUUUGGUAAUGGGGGCUGAUCACAUGAAUAUGGUUGCUGUGGGCCACGGCCAAGCAUCACCAACUGGAAACAGGAAGUGUGGCACUUACAACAGACUUUGAAAUAGUCCUCUUACGUUUACCCAAAUCGCUUCAAAAUUGUUAACAAUAAUGUCAAACACCACUGAUGUAAAACUGCGAAGGUAUUCUUGAUAUAUUGAAAAGUGCUGUCAUGGCAAUGGAUCAAAUUCUAUAAUGUUGUAGUGUAUUUGGGUGUAUUUGACUAACUCAGCCAUGUGUUUAAUAACGCUUAUGACAUGGAUGUGGCUAUGGUGGGUCACAAUCAUAGGGCCUCCAGCUGGCAACAGUAAAUGUUCAAGGGUAUUCCAAAACUUGUCAUAAUUACACAUUUAUUUCAUUUGCCACACACAUCAAAGUUGUUAACAAUUAUGUCUGAGCAGAAGGUAAGACAUGGUGUCUUGACCAAAUGCAUGUGUCCAUCAUGCAUGGUUUUCCAAAAACCACCAGGUGGAAAUGUACAAAUGGUGCUUGGGCCUGUCAUCGCUGCUAAUCUGACCAAUCUGACAAAAUGUAUUUCUCAAUUUAGGUUACACCAACAAAAGUCAUUUGUAUGGGUUAGAUCAGAUAGAAAUAGAUCCUUGAGGUAACAAUUGCAGGUUACCACUUUUUUUGUGUGUAUACUGUAUGACAGGUAGAUGGAGGGGAGGGAUUGAAAAAUAAGAGGGCUUGGUGAUGUCAUCAAAAAAGGAAAGUUGUUUCAGGGGUGGUGCAAUUUAUUACAAUUUGAAUAAAGACUACAGCGUUUUUUUUGGUUGCAUUUUAUUUUACAGUACUUGUACUUUCAGAAUACUUACAGUGUACUUACCCAAGAAAGUACUGAGUAAUAUUAGGUAACUACAUGUACUUAAUAUGGGUUAAGGUUAGGGUUGGGGUUAGGUUUAUGGUUAGUACCUAGUAAUUACUGUAGUUGUUAUAAUUAUAUAGUACGUAAAUGUGCUGCCGGGUUUUUUUUUCUUUGGAAUAAUGUGCACUAAUUAAUCUUUCACAAAAAGACUGAAUGUAUAUUAAGAAAAAGUAAAUAGGAUCAAUUUUAAUUUCAUGUUGGUGUAAGAGACAGAUGCUCUCUCAACUACACUCCAUACACUGUACAUACAAGUUUAAACAUAAUGUUUGCUCCUUUGGUCUUCUGUUUCUUAUUCAUGCUCUCUCUCUCACUCGGUGGGCGAGUGACAUCAGGAGAGCAGCGACAUCAUCAUCAGACUAGCACAAACAGAUACGCACAUGUGAUGGCGUGAAAGAGAGAGAGAGAGAGAGACAGAGAAAUAAGGCUGCUGUAAUGCAUGCUAGUACAAUGGAGUAAUACAUUAUUUGUUGGAAGGGGGAAACACUGGCUCUUUGUGAGAUGUUGGAACCAAAAGCAGCUGAUCAGACUGAUCUGGGUCUGCUGGGCUUCAACCCUCAUAGUGUGUCUGAGCCCUGUUCCCCAUCAUGCCCCUCUGCAUCACCCAUCAUUAGAAGUACCAACUGCAGCUCUCCAGCUCAGCGGCUCUCUUACCCAGACCUACAUUGCAGCUCUGGAGAUGCCAGCCAAACCAUGCCACCUUCGCGAGACAGCUGCAAACCUAUGUACAUGGAGACCUCUGAGAUCUGGAAGGAGAGACCGAAGGAGGUGAAAGGAGGUGGGGAGGAGUCAGAUCUUGAGAAGAGAGAGCAGGGGGAGGGCGAGAGCGCAUCCGAGACUAUCAGUGUUGGCGCAAGACCCACAUCUUCAUCAUCCUCUUCCUCUCCUCUAGUCAUUCCCAAGCUGUGCUUGGAUCGCUCCUUCAACACAGAUGCUAUGACUUCACCGUCCACUGACGACGAUGAUGAGGAUGAGGAGGAAGAUGAUGAGGAAGCAGACAGUGAUGAAGGCUUUCUGAAGAGGAGGAGUAUGGUAGAACCAUCUCCUUCUGGUGUGCAGCAGAGUGGAGGGUUGUGUGUGCAGAGAUCACUCCACAGACGCACACACAGUGAGGGCAGUUUGCUGCAGGAGCCCAGGUCUCCUCGCUUCAUCUCUGAUCAGGCCAUUGACUGUAUAGAGGCCAAGCGGGACACUCCGGAGCGCUGGGCAAUGCCCUCGCCACAGACUCUGAGGAAAGAGCUGACCAAGAAUGGAGGAUCUGUCCACCAGAUCUGUCUGCUUUUCACUGGGAGGAGGGUCUGCGGCAAGCCAAACUGUAAAUGUGACACAGGAAAAAGUGCUGUCAAAAAGAAGAAAUCCAAGAAUUUGGCCAAAGACAUGAGAAAUCGACUGACUUUCCUGCGAAAGAAGAGCAACGACAGACAUGGCAGCAAUCCAGCUGGCAAGCUUGAGAAAAUCCUUAAGUCAGAUAAACCAACUCCGGAAGAAGCUCUCAGAUGGGCAGAAUCACUCGAUGCACUGCUUUCUCACAAAUAUGGCCUGGCAGUGCUCCGCUCUUUCCUACAAACUGAGUUCAGCGAGGAGAAUCUGGAUUUCUGGCUGGCAUGUGAGGACUUCAAGAGGAUCAAAUCACUGUCCAAAAUGGCAUCCAGAGCAAAGAAGAUAUUCACUGAGUAUAUCUCCAUACAGUCCUGUAAAGAGGUGAAUCUGGACUCGUACACCAGGGAGCACAUCAAGGAAAACAUGGAGAACAUCUGUGCAGACUGCUUCGACCUGGCUCAAAGCAGAAUCUUUGGACUUAUGGAAAGAGACUCGUACCCUCGAUUCCUCCGCUCUGACAUUUACAUGGAAUUAACCAAACAAAAGAGACCUAACACUACCACAGAUUCAUCUCAAAGCUAUGAAAACAAACUGUAGAACUUUUGGAUAAGUAUUGCUGGAGACAGGCAGCAGGUGUAUGAAAUGUGGAUUUAGUAGUACAGAACGUGUCUACAUUCACACUAUCCAUUUCAUGCACAACUUCAUGUUGACAUGUCAGUCCGCUAAGCACCUUGGAGAGUGCAGACUGAUGGAUCAUUUAUGUCAAUUUGUACAAAUUGCUUUUGAAUAAUGCUGUGCUGCACCCUGAUGGAAGGUUUUGGCAAUAAGAAGGUGAUGUAUGUGUUAUGAAAAUGGUGGAAGGGUUGACUGAAGUCAAUUCAUCAGUGCCCAAAACACCUAGGAACUUGAAGUGUUGGUCAUCAUCCUGUUGACCCAAUGGCAGUACAUGGAAAAUGCAAAGCAUGUGAAGUAUUGGAGCAAAGAGACAUUUUGGUACUGUUUUGUUCUUCUUUACCAAGAUAUUUAGUUAAUUCACUUAACUUUUCUUGUGAUUACCAUACCUCAACAUACGGCAGAAUAUACACACCAUUACAAAGAUUAAUUCCAAUUACAUGUUGAGAUGAUAUUGGGGAAAAAAGCAUUGCUUAAGUAUUGUAUAACACUAAUGUCCUGUCCUUUUUUUCUGGAAGGCAGUUGACACAGUAUGUAUAAGAGAUGACAUGUGAGUCUAAGGUCUUAUUUUAUAUUAAACAGACAUUACAGUACAUGUUCUUUGUAGAAACUUUUGUGGUUUCAAAUCAGCUAUGUGGAAUUCAACAAGGCCUUGAGACACACCAUUGUUUUUAAUUUGUAUAGUCUAUUUCCUCUCAGUAGUACUCUGGAAAGAAAUCUUUACAAACAGAACACCAAUUUUUAUUAAUAUAAAGGACUUGGAUGUAACCCUAUCAUGUUUUAAAAGUGCAAUAUAUAGUUGGUUAUUACAGUAGUAUUUCUUUAACAAACGGUAUAUCAAAAGGGUUGGAACUUGAUUCUUUAUAUACAGUACAUAUUGUAUCAAUGCCCUGCCAUAAUGCAUCAUAAUGGUCAGUGUCUAUGUUCAAAUGUAAGAAGUGAUUCCUUCUGUAAAUAGAGGCUGACAUACAGUAUAUGGACUAACAGUUGUGGUGAUUUUAAAAGCCUAAAGGUAUUCUGGUUGUUGUCAUUGCUAUUAGUCAGUUGGUCACAAAUCAAAGAAACUAAAUAACAAGAAUAAUAAGAUAAGAAUAAAUUUAUAAAAAAAGAAGAACAAGAAGAAGAAAAAAAAAAAAGAAGAAAAGCCCAAAUUCCUAUAUAGUGGCUGUGUAGUGACUGAACGUAUAGGGGCAUGUUUUGUAUAUAAAAGUCUGUAUUUCAUGUUGAUCUACAAGGCACUAGUCAGUUUAAUGGGAGACUCAUGUUUGUCAUGUUUUUUUCAUCCUAACAAUAUCCUUCUUGCUCUAAUGAUUAUUUCUUGUAUUUAUUUGUGGGUUCAUAUUCACUCAUUGCUGGCUUUGUAUCAUAUUCUGAUUGAAUAAAAUUACACUCAGGCAA